AUGACAGACUCCAAACGACGGCUGGCGCCCGCGCCGCCCGGUACCCCGGGUGGCAAUGAUGCUCACCCCCGUAGGAAAAACGUCGGCACCGCGUGUUCGGCCUGCAAGGCUCGCAAGCUCAAGUGCACCGGGACCGCGCCUUGUGUGAACUGCGUCAAGAGUCGCCUCGAAUGUACCCUGGAUCAGACUCUCGACAAACGCCGUCGCGGAGCCUUAAAACGCAAGAUCGACCAACUUGAGGAGAAAGAGGAUCUUCUUUUUCGCCUGGUCAGCGUCCUCCGAGAAAGUGGCAACCGCAGCACCAUUCCCUUGCUGAACUUGAUCCGAAGCAAUGCCUCGCUGCCGGAGAUCCAACACUAUCUCAACCAUCAGGUGCCCGAAUCGGAACUAGCCCUGAUGCCCGAGCUCAUCGAGGUCAGCCAUGAGGUUCAGCGAUUACAGGACGCGGACUCGCGCUCAGUGCGUCGGAUCCUGGAUGCGAAGCGAUUGUCGGAUCAACCGUUGUUUCAGGUCCCUGCGAAGCCCUGGACUAGCGUCGUCUCGGACAACGAUUUUGUGUCGCACCUCGUCUCGCUGUGGCUUACCUGGUUCCACCCUUUCUCCAAUUGGGUCGAUCGUGGCCUGUUCAUUCACGAUAUGCAAGCGGGGUUGCUGGGGGCCAAAUACUGUUCGCCGUUUUUGGUCAAUGCUAUUCUAGCAUAUGCAUGUACCUACUCAGAUUAUCCCGAAGCGUAUGCUGUUCCCGGGGAUGUGUCGUCGAAAGGUGCUCACUUUUACGAUGAGGCGAAGCGAUUGCUGGACAAGGAGGAAGGGAGGAUUAGCCUUCCCACUGUCCAAGGUAUUGGUGUGCUAUGGGUGCGUGCCUGUAUGAUCGGUCAAGACCGCCAGGCGUGGAUCUAUCGAAGCCAACUGGCCUACUCAGCCAACGAACUGUCGCAAAAGCACGCAGUGCUAACAUCGACAGUCAACGAAGACGAACUGCGUAUGGCCCGGGUAGUUAAUAACACUAGCUGGGGUUUAUUCAACAGCGCCACGACUCACUCCUUGUUAUACGAGAAGACACCAACAAUAAAGCCGCCGCAACAACCAUCUUUCCUGCCGGUGAAUCAUGAAUCGAACCAGGACGAGUGGCAUCCAUACCCAACGCCGGCGGAUCGAACGCCGUCGCACACGACGUGUCUAUUCAACGAGCUCUGUGCGUUGAAUCUAAUCGCAUAUGAUGUCGCAGACUUUUAUUUUCGCAAAGAGGCGCCUCCUUCCCGUCCAGACAUGGAACAAAAGACCUCCGAAUUGCAUAAACGUCUCACGGAAUGGGCGAAUCGACUACCACAAUGUCUGAAGACAGGGAAGGACACCGAAAUUCCGCACAUCCUAUGCCUAAAUAUGUAUUACCACACCAUCCUCAUCACUAUCUACAAUCCUCACAGACUGUCACGUGAAAACAUUAUGCCUUACACGAAUCACGACACGAUCAUCCCAGCACAAGCCCUCACUAUCUGUUUAUCCUCCGCUCGUAGCCUCGGCCACUGGAUGCAAAUGUACCGAACCACGUGGGGCCUCGAACACAUGCCCAUCUUCCAUAUCCAAUGGAUCCAAGCGGCACUGUUUAUUCUCUUAGAAAACCUACAGAAGGCCGACAACUGCGAAGCGUUCAUUAUUCUCAGCAUUGCAGCGAAGGCAUUCUCGCGACGGUUCGAGAAAGCCAAGCGCCUUCUCCGGUCGCUCCAGGAGACGGCUCGAGAGUUGAGAAUCAAUCUACCGGUCGAGGUAGCUCCGUUGUUCAUCGAAAUAGAUGGUCAAUGGCUAUUGCGUCCGAUAAGGAUUAAGGAAGAGACGAUCGAUGCAGCAAGCGGUGACGUAUAA